AUGGACAAAGUGGUGGCUGAUAAUGGCAAUGGUCUGUCGUGGCAGGAAGUGCAAGAGAUAUGUGGCCAGCUGGAAGGAAUGUUCCAUAAUGAUGCACCCAAAGAUGCACACCGUCUGCGUGUGCUGAUACAGAAACGCAAAGACAUUGCCAACACCUUUUACACCCGCCAGAGCUCGACUCAGAAAUUGCUCGCUCACCUGCGCGCAAACUUGAACGAAUGGGAGGAGAAGGAACAAGCAGCCAAGGAACGGAAUGAGCAGCUGCACAAGCGUCUGCAGGAGUUAGACGCCAUUAAAAGAGACAUGACUUUGCAGCUCGACCGUUUUCGAUUGAACGAACAAUAUCCUUGGUCGCUGGAUGUAUUGCUGGAGAAAUAUGAAGAGGCGAGACAGGAGUUGUUACAGUUUAAUGCUGCUCAUCAGAACGAUAUUCCAGUGGCAAAAAACCAAAUGAGUCUUUAUGCUUCGGUGACAGGAAUUCGAUGGGACUUUAGUGACUCGAAGGUUGCUGGAGAUAUUCACGUACCUUCAAAGCAACGUAUUAUCCGAUUUGAGAUCGAUCCAUCCACGGAUCAGUUUACUGCCGCAAAUUCACUAUGGGACAAGAUUGAUGAGGCUUUUGAUGAGACGGACAGUAAUCUUUAG